UAUCUUUGUUACCAAAAGAAGCAAAAAGAAGAAGAAACCGGAGCUAUAACCACCGUUAUUUCUUUACAACUUUAUAACAUGGUACUUUUUAGGCCUUCGUACGUCGAAUGAACUUGCAAAACUGAAUAACGAUGGAAGACGGGAGCGGUGAAAAAAAGAAAGCGCAUAGAAAACGAAAUGCUGGCCGCAAAACGGAAAAGAAAAAGAAUAAACAACCAAAGCAGAACGAAGAACUUACGGACAAGCAACGGAAUCCGAAAGCAUUCGCGUUCAACUCUGCUAUACGAGCUGAACGCAAAUUUCGUCGCAAGCAAGAUAUUGACACAAAAAAACAACAUGUUCCUUUUGUUGACAGAACUCCUAUCGAACCUCCACCUAUUUUGAUAGCUGUAGUCGGUCCGCCCAAGGUGGGAAAAACAACUUUAAUCAACAACCUCAUUAAAUUGUUUACCAGAUCGCCUCUUUCCGAUAUCAAGGGGCCAGUAACGAUUGUAAUUGGAAAAAAACGAAGGAUAACAUUGAUCGAAUGCAAUAAUGACAUAAAUUCCAUGAUUGAUUUAGCGAAAGUGGCGGACCUAGCGCUUCUUUUGUGCGACGCAAGUUUUGGGUUCGAAAUGGAAAUAUUCGAGUUUUUGAAUGUUUGCCAAGUUCAUGGAAUGCCUAGAAUUAUGGGUGUACUAACACACCUCGACAUAAUCAAGAACAGCAAGACGUUAAAAAACGUCAAAAAAACAUUGAAGCACCGAUUUUGGACCGAAGUGUAUCCAGGGGCAAAAUUGUUUUACUUAUCCGGCAUCCUGUAUGGCGAGUACUUGAGAAAAGAGAUUCAGAACUUGGGAAGAUUUAUAUCAGUGAUGAAGUUUCGGCCUUUAAUAUGGAGGCAAAGUCACAGCUACUUAUUAGGGGACAGGUACGAAGAUUUGACUAAUCAAGAACACGUGAGGCAAAAUCCAAAAUGCGAUAGAACAAUAUCAAUAUAUGGAUAUGUAAGAGGAGUUCCUUUGUUGAAAGACAAUUCCGUACAUAUUGCAGGGCUAGGUGAUUUGAAAAUUCGCGAAAUCUCUUAUCUUCCCGACCCCUGCCCCUUGCCCGAAGAACUAAAAAAAAGAGCGCUGGUGGAGAAGGAGAAACUGAUUUACGCUCCAUUUUCCGGCAUGGGGGGCAUCGUGUACGACAAGGACGCCGUGUAUGUCGAAUUGGGAGGGUCCCACAGUCACCACCAGAGGGUCGACGAGUCGACCAAUAUAGUGGCGAAUCUGAUCGAUACCAAGGAAACGUUGGACGUUAAGAUGCGACAUUCGGAAAUGCAGAUAUUCACCGGAGGUACCAAACUGACCGCCGAAGAUUUCGAAGAACCCGAAGACGUUGGAGAAGAUAUUGCGCCCUUUAAACGCAGUUUCCCAGAGAAACAGCGUUCCCACGAAUUAGACGAAGAGUUAAUGUUGUUGAGGAACGAAAAUCGAAAAGAAGAACGAGUCGUCGAUUCGGGACGAAUUAGAAGGAAGGUGGUUUUCGAAACUGGUGAUGAUGAAUUGGUGGAAAGUUUGGAAGAAGAAGAUGAAGAUAGUGACCCUAGCGGCGGUAAUAGUGAUAGUGACGGUGAAACGGCAGAUAAAGUUGUAAAGAAAAAGGUUAGUUCAUCGGGUGACGUGCAUUUGAAGAUCUUGGACGUUCUAAAGGGAUUAGAAAAGAAGAAAGGUCAAACCGAUUCCAAUGAUUUGGAGGAUGCCGAAGAGGUUGAAGGUAGCGAGGAAAGCGGUUCGGAAUAUCCCGAUGAAGGUAGUGAAAAUGACGAAGACACGGGCCUGAAAUGGAAGGAAAAUCUGGCCAAAAGGGCGCAAGACGCGUUUUUGGAUAGGGCAGGUGCCUCUCAAAAUCCAAUGAAACUCGUUUACGGAGUGUUCGAUUCGAAACAUUUAAAAGAGGCGUCGGAAGAAGCUGAUUUAGAUGAGGAAAUGGAGGAAGUCGGCGGAUUUUUAAAAAAAGUCUCCAGGGACCAACAAAAAAUAAAAACCGAGAAAGAUACGAUCAAUCUGCUAGAAUCGCCGCUCAUGCUUCCUUGGAAUGCAGCCACCAAAGAUUGGACCGAUACAAAGAACAAGACUCAAAUCGCGAACUGUUUCGUCACCGGCAAGUGGAAAGAAUCGGAAGACGCGAGCGAAUUGCUAAAAUUAGAUGAUGCGGACGAUUUGAGUGACACAUACGGCGAUUUCGAAGACUUGGAGACCGGCACCAAGGAGUCGGCGAAUCAAGGGCAAAAACGGGUAAGGCAGGAUACGGAACUCGAUAACGACGCGGAGAGGGCGAAGUUGGCCGAGAAAAAGAGGAAACUCAAAGAGAAAUUCGAUUCGGAAUACGACAAUCCGGAAAAGGCGACAUUUUACGAGGAAAUGAAAAUGACUGCGGAAAAACAAGCCCAACUCAACAAAACGGUGUUCGAGAACAUGCCGGACGAGAUUCGGGUCGAAGUGGAAGGAUUCAGACCAGGCAUGUACGUGAGAAUCGAAUUUGAAAACGUCGCAUCCGAAUUUGUAACCAAUUUCGACCCCACCUAUCCACUGAUAGUCGGUUCUUUAAACAUGGGCGAAGAGAAUGUCGGUUUCGUAAACGUGAAAAUAAAAAAGCACAGAUGGUACAAGAAAAUUUUGAAAACCAACGACCCUCUGAUCCUUUCUCUCGGCUGGAGGCGGUUCCAAACCAUUCCCCUCUACUCUAAAUUGGAGGACGACUUGAAGUACAGAUACCUCAAGUAUACUCCGGAACAUUUGGCGUGUAACGCUCACUUUUGGGGACCCAUCACGCCCCAGGGCACCGGAUUUUUGGCCUUACAAAGUGUCGAUCACGAUCCCGAGUUACUGAAACGGCAAGGGUUCAGGAUUGCCGCGACUGGAUCCGUGCAAGAGUUGGACAAAUCGACGCGGAUAAUGAAAAAAUUAAAACUCGUGGGAUAUCCGAUGAAAAUUUAUAAGAAAACCGCGUUCGUGAAAGGCAUGUUUAACAGCGCGCUCGAGGUGGCCAGAUUCGAAGGCGCGAGAAUUAAAACGGUUUCCGGCAUUCGGGGACAAAUAAAAAAAGCGGCCGCCAAACCGGAAGGCUGUUUCCGGGCCACGUUCGAAGAUAAAAUACAACUUAGCGAUAUCAUAUUUUGUCGAACAUGGUACAAGGUUGACGUUCCGCGCUUUUAUAAUCCGGUGACCACUUUGUUGCUUCCUCCGGAAAAGAAAAAUCAAUGGAAAGGCGCGAGGACUACCGGUCAAAUAAAGAGAGACAAGGCCAUUCAAAAUCCCGUCAAUAAAGACAGCUUGUAUUUGCCAAUCGAGAGAGAGGAAAAACCGUUCAAACCGCUGGUUAUACCGGCGAAACUGCAGAAAGCGUUGCCGUAUAGAGACAAACCGAAGCACGUGAAGAAUUCCGACAAGAAGAGUAUUAAGCGUGUCGCUGUAAUUCGCGAACCGAAAGAGCAAAAGAUAUCGGCAAUGAUGAAAAUGAUCAAAACAUCGUAUCAGCAUAGACAAGAAAAAAUCAAGCAGGAAACCAAGGAAAGGUUAGAGAAACAUAGGCGAGAGGUGGCUCAGCAGGAAGCCAGCAAAGACAAAAAACUUAAAGAAAAGAAGAAAGAGGUGUUUAGAAAAAAAAGCAAGGCGCAGAUUAGCCAAGAGCGAAAGUUACAUAAAUGAACAACAUUUUUUGUACGUAAAAAAUAAAU